AUGAACGACAACCAAGUAGGCGGUUUGGUGCGUUCGAUCGCGAACAUCCGUGCCAACCACUCGUGCGCAUGGGAGACGGCGACGCUCGUCAACGACAUCUUCCAAACGCUGCUGCUCCUGCUGCUGGCGUACGUGCUGACGCUGACGGUGUCGUUCCUGUACUACGCGGUGCUGUGGCAGCGCCUGGCGCUGACGCCGCCGCAGGCGCUGUACAUGGCGCAGGGGGCGGCCGCGGGGGCGGGGGCGGCGGCGGCGGUGGCGUGGGCGUCGGGGGCGGCGGUGGCGGAGGGCGCGGAGCGCGCGGACGCCGCGGCGGCCGCCCUGCUGCUGGCCGCCAGGGGAUUCCCCGCGGCGGAGCGCGAGGCGCAGCUGCUGCUGGCGCAGCGGCGCGCGCAGCGGGCGCGCUUUACCGCCGGCGGCCUCUUCCCGCUCGACCUGCGCUUCUUCGUCAGCUGGUUCGGCACCGUCGCCGCCUACCUCGUGGUCGUGGUGCAGUUCACGCCGCCCCUGGCCGCGGCAGGGGAAUCCCCGCCGAUUGCCAACUGCUCCGCCGCGCGGAAAGAGCACUAUGCUUUUCAAUAUACCUGGACCAUCAGCUUUCCAGAACCCACUGAACAAAGGAUUGAGUUCCGAGCCAUGCGGUGGUUCACCUGUCGCUGGGAGGCAAAUAUUCAUCUUAAAGCAUCUCUACUUACACUUACCUCCGCAUCAAGUUUCAUUUCUCUUCUCUACCUAACCUCAACGAUGAGUGAAGAAGUGCAGAAUAGACUUCAGCAGGAGGUGGAGAAAUUCAGAAGUGUCCAGAAAGAUUAUCAGAAAGCUCUUCAACAGCGUCAGCAACUUGAUGCCCAGUUGAAUGAAAAUACUGCCGUGAAACAGGAACUUGAUUUAUUGAAGAGUGAUGCUGAUGUUUAUAAGCUAAUUGGCCCAGUACUUAUUAAACAAGAUCUUGAAGAAGCAAAGCAAAAUGUUGCCAAGAGGAUGGACUUUAUUAGAAAUGAACUAAAACGCACUGAUGAUUUUAUAGCUACGCUGGACAAAAAGCAAGACUCUCACAGAGAAGCUCUGAACAAAUUGCAGCAACAGUUUGCCCAAACUCAGUUGAAAGCUUCAUAAUAUUUAUUACAAUUGAAAAGACCCAUUUGUGUUUUGCUAACUUAUGAUACAAUAAUCUCACCUACCUAGCAUUAUGAUUUGGAUUCUUACAUCUUAUCACUUACCUUUACUUUCAAACUGCGGAUAAUAAAAAUUGCUAAUAUGUGCUUUCAUUUUUAUACUGUGUUCUCUGUAUUUUUUGCAGUGUAAAUAAUACAUUUGUUCAUUAAAACAAUAUUGUGUUUGUAUGUUAAUGUUGUUGAAUAUUCCCUUAGGAGAAUGUUGUUAAAGUUCAGCAAUCUUCAUAGGAGAUGAAACUUCAACAAUAAAAUGGAAAUUCUGCUUUUCAACUAACUUUAAUACUUUCCAUAACUUGUCCAUACUAGUCUUUAAUUUGUAAUUCUUGUAAUGAAAGUUAUUAUUUAAAGACUUUGAAUAUCAAACAUCGACAUCGAAGAUUAUUGUUCCUGUAUUCAUUCUCACUUGCUGAUUAAUCAAAUAUAUUAUCAGAGUAUAUUGGCUACUGUUUGUUGCAUUUAAUCAGCCUUCAUAGAAAUGUUUUAAAUCUAAUGUCCAUUCAUUGCUUAUUCUUGUGUGUCCUAAAAAUUGACUUUUCACUUGCAAUAAAUUGUUUAUAUAAAGUCAUGUUUUGUUUUCUAUCCAAAUAUUAUAUUUGUGAUUUCUUACUAUUGGGGAAACUAUGAAUGUGAAGAAUGUUUUUUUAAUAAAGAAAAUGCAAAUACAAAAGAUAAAAUAGCAGUGUCUGAACGCUAGUGAGAACACUAGAAUAAUUUUGGAAAACAGUGAAGUAAAAACAGAGCUAUUUCACCAUUAGCAUUUCCUGUCUUAGAUCCAUCAAUAUUUUAAAGAACAAAUUAAACACUUGUAGGGAGGAAACUGGUUAUGCAGUCUGUAUUGGAAAGCUUUAUAUAUUGUGUUUUCAUGGCAAUUGUUGCUUAUGAGUUUAUAUCUCAGAGUCCAGCAUUUUCCCAUGGCCCUGCUUUCACACAAUUAUGUAUGAUAUCAGGAACAUUAAAAUGAUAGUCUUUUAUUUUUAUCCUUUUUUAUAAAAUCAACUAGGGAGUAGGUUGUUUAGAUCUAAAAUUUAAAAAUUUUAAAAAAAAGGAACCUCCAACAAACUAUAA